GUCACAGGGAGGCGAGGUGUGGGGAAUAUCAUCACCCGGUCGCCUCUUUCGAGGGUGUUUUUCCUCAUCCCCGUUUUUCUCCCACCAUGACCACCACGGCCACCUUCAAGGGGAUGGAUCCCAGUGGCUGGAGCAGCUCCAGAGUUCUUCGCCCUCCAGGUGGUGGUUCCAAUUUCUCUUUGGGAUUUGAUGAACCAAAAGACCAACCAGUGCGAAAGAACAGGAUGGCAUCUGAUAUUUUUGGGACUGCAGAAGAGAAUCCACCUUCCUGGGCUAGGUCAACAGCAACCAAAUCCAGUGAUGUCAAUGAAAAUUCUGAAGCACCUGGAUCCCAAAGAAGAAAAUCUUCUGAUGCAAACUGUGGAGUCUAUGUAGAUCCAAAGGGUGGAGAAGUUGAGGUUCCUAAAAACACCGAAGCUGAAAUAGAAACUACUUCAGGCCCGAGUGAAGAAAAGCCCCUGCCGGCUGCACCUGUUCCUAGCCCAGUAGCCCCUGCACCUUCUAGGAGAAAUCCACCUGGUGGGAAGUCCAGCCUAGUCCUUGGUUAAACUUCUUCCUCUUUGUUCCUAAUUACUUUGAACUCAUGUCUGUCAUCUUUUUCUUUUCCCUUCCAUGCUUGUAAACUGCACAACUUGAGCCUGACUGUACAUCUCGAAACUAUCAUUAAAGGAAGCACUUUAUGUACUUUGUUUUUAAAGGAUUUUUUUCAACUUUGUUUUUGUCUCCCUUGGGUCUACUGGAAGUGGUAUGUGUGAUCUCCCCCCCACCCCCAGUGGUAGACUUAGAACAGUGGUAUUUGUUAUACAGCCCAUGGCUGACGGAAAGAU